AUGAUUAAACAGGAAGAAGAAGCAGGAGCACCGGAUAGCACCUCAGAGCUGCCUGUGGAGGGUACAGAGAGCGACCAAGACGAUCAAGAGUAUCCACCAUUAUGGGAGGCAAUAUUGCUAACGGUUACGCUGCUUCUCAGCUUUUUCUGUGUCUGUCUGGAUCAAACCAUCCUGGCGACGGCCAUCCCACGAAUCACCGAUGAGUUCCAAUCCCUCAACGACAUCGGCUGGUACAGCAGCUCGUUUAUGCUUGCAAUGUGCGCGACCAAGAUGAUCUGGGGAAAAUUAUACAUGUUCUAUCCUGCUAAAUGGGUCUUCCUAGCUGGACUAUUUCUCUUCGAGCUCGGGUCCUUGAUUUGCGGCGUGGCUCCGUCAUCAGUGGCGUUGAUUAUCGGACGAUGCGUUGCGGGUAUAGGUGCUUCUAGUAUAGACUCCGGCGCGAUCGUGAUUGUUCUCUAUAUUGUUCCCUUGCGAAAACGCGCGCUCUUCAUCAGUUGUUUGGGAAGUGUACGGGGAAUUACCAGCGCUGCAGGCCCGCCGUUGGGGGGUGCUUUCACAGACCACGCGACAUGGAGGUGGUGCUUUUGGGUCAAUCUGCCCUGCGGUGCAAUCACCUUCAUCGGAAUUCUGAUUUUUCUUUCGCCCAAAACGCCCUCCCUGCGGCGUCUUGAUUUCAAGGAGAAGACCAAGCGGAUGGACCCCCUUGGCACUCUGCUCUUCAUACCGGGUAUCGUGACCUUAUUGAUCGCGAUCCAGUGGGGUGGAUCCGACUUCCCCUGGAACAGCUGGCGCAUUGUUCUUUUGUUCGUCCUGUCAGGCGUGCUCCUGCUAGCCUUCUCUGCCGUUCAGUUCUGGUCAAAGGAAGAGAGAGCCACCGUGCCCCUUCGAAUUCUCUGUAACCGCAACAUCCUCGGCGGGCUGUGGUACGUGGCAUGUAUAAUGGGCGCGUUGCUCGUCAUGAUCUACUACCUCCCCAUCUGGUUCCAAUCCAUCAAGAAUGUCUCUGCCACACACUCCGGCCUCAUGAUUCUCCCCACCGAGCUGGGAAUGGUCGUCUUCUCGCUCAUCGGCGGCACCCUAGUCACCCUACUUGGCUACUACACGCCCUUCAUCAUCCUCUCGCCCAUCCUCUUCAGCAUCGGAGCCGGCCUUCUCUCCACUCUCAAACCCACCUCCGGCACCGCCUCCUGGCUUGGUUACCAGGUCAUCAUGGCCGCAGGGGCCGGCCUCGGCACCCAGAACGCCUUCAUGGUGGCCCAGGUUGCCGUGAAGCCACAGGACAGCGUGAUGGCUAUCACAAUGGUGUCGUUCGUGCAGCUUCUCUCCGGCUCCGUGAUGCUGGCGGUGUCUGAGAGCGUAUUUCACACGCAGCUCUCGUCGGAGUUGAGUGUGUUGGGGAGUCGUCUCAAGAGUGAGAUUGUCAUGCAGGGCGCCAGUGUACCAUGGGGGAAGGUCCCCGAUGAGAUGGUUGACGUGGUGCUUUGGGGUUAUAAUAGAGCUAUUAUGCAGACGUUUUAUAUAGCGGUUGCGCUUGGGGCGGUGGGGUUCUUGGGGGCUGUUGUGCUGGAUUGGAAGUCCGUUAAGAGGGAGGAUAAGAAUAGGGCAGCCCAGGAGAGUAGGGAGAGUUUGCACGAAGUUGGGGGUGACAAAGGGCAUGUAGAGAUGCAUGAAGCGAAAAAGGUGACCAUGGCAAUGACAAAAGUCCCGGACGCGGACACUAUAAGCGCAAUCACUAAGCGAGGCAACUGGGCCAGCAAAAACCCCGGCGUGAUUCUCGUCUUCUGUAUUGUGUUUAUCGUCGGAUUUGGGAUCGUAUCGCUCUCCAUCUAUCGACAAUGGAUGUCAAGGAAGGCGAAGAAAUCAGCGGUGGAGAUCGAGCAGGACAGCACGCCGCCCCAUUACAAGACCCACCGAGUCUCAUCAGCAAAAUCGGCGCUGGAAACCGCCAUGAUGUCCUCCUUGCUUAGCUUGCUGAUUAUACUGUCUUUCGGGGUCGCAAUUUACGUCUCCCGAUUCCACAAAACCCUUGGAAAGCGCGUUUCUCAUGAACAUCACCAGGGUGCUAUUCACGAGACUCUCCGGAACACGAUAACAUCGAUCCCGGACGCAGUCUUUUCAGACAAGUUUCACUGUUUCCAUGACCGAGUUAUUUGUCGAGUCUCGAAACGGGAUCUUCCCGAUCAAGAUCUCUCAGAGCUCUUCAUGCUCCUGUUGCGUCGGAAUAUGGCUGCUUUUGCAUACUUUCCGCAAGCGUAUAUUCUACAGUUUAUCGCGCCGCUGGAGAGGAAAUGUACAUUUAGCGCAUGGCAUAUAAACUCCCUGAGGUUUCAACUAGGGGACGUGCUUAAUGGAAUUUACCGGGUAUGCGAGCGUGAGGACAACAAGGUAGUCUACCGGAUUGAUGCCAAGGGUCCUAUAGACGGCAGAUUGGCGCUUCGGUACUGGGAGGAAGGAGACGAGGUGGUUUACUGUAGCGAGACGGCGAUGUGGACUCAGAAAGCGAAAGGAAGGGAGAAACAGGCGAAGCUGCCUUUAGAGAGACCCAUGCUGAGAUUCUUCCAUGAAUGUGCGGCGUGGUGGUUGUUGGAUUCCGGCACUCGGUACCUCACGGGAUUGCGAGAAUCUCCGGAACAAUCCAAGAGUCAAUAG